AUGCAGGUUGGACAGAAGUGUCAUGUCGAAUGUGCCCGAUUCAGUCCGGACGGUCAGUUCUUGGUUACUGGUUCGGUGGACGGUUUUAUUGAAGUAUGGAAUUUCACUACUGGCAAGCUCCGCAAGGAUUUGAAAUACCAAGCUCAAGACACGUUCAUGAUGAUGGAAGAAAGUGUACUCUGUCUGGCAUUCAGUCGUGACUCGGAAAUGCUCGCAUCGGGUUCCGGUGAUGGAAAGAUCAAGGUGUGGCGUAUCCAGUCCGGUCAGUGUCUGCGUCGAUUCGAGAAAGCGCACAGCAAAGGUGUCACGGCUGUCCAGUUCUCCAAAGACUCGACACAUAUGCUCAGUGCCAGUUUCGAUCACAGUAUUCGCAUUCACGGGCUUAAAUCGGGCAAAUUGAUCAAAGAGUUUUUGGGACACACAGCGGUUGUCAACUCAGUCGGCUACAGUCCGGACGGACAUUAUAUCAUCAGUGGAAGCUCAGACGGAUCGGUCCGUGUGUGGUCCAUUCGAUCGGGUGAAUGCACAAACACAUUCAAGGCUAUUUCCGGUCUAGUCGGUCGCGAAGUUGCCAUUCACUCGGUCAUCCCGGUGCCUCGGAACGCGGACCAGUUUGUGGUUGCUAGCCGCUCGAACACUGUGGCCAUUAUGAACAUGCAGGGUCAAGUAGUACGAAGUUUCUCCAACGGUAAACGUGAAGGUGGUGAUUUUAUUGACUGUUGUGUCAGUAGUCGCGGUGAAUGGAUUUAUUGUGUGGCCGAGGAUCGCCUCUUGUACUGCUUCAAUGUGGUUGCCGGUGGAAAGUUGGAACGAACCAUGCCAGUUCACGAGAAGGAAGUGAUCGGUUGCGCCCAUCAUCCACAUCAGAAUCUGAUCGCCACCUAUUCUGAGGAUGGUCUACUUCGACUGUGGAAACCAUAA